GGGAGCAGGCUUGGGCCUGGUUGCUAAGGCCCCGCAGGAGGAGCCUGCAAAGUAACAACAACAGCGGCAAUUGCUGGCUGUAUUGGCGGGGAGUGGGCUUCAUCUCCCCUUUGUGAUCCUUGAGGAGACCCGAAGGGAGGGUUAAUCUAUGCUCCAUAACUCCUACGCUUCCUCAGGAACGUCUUUCUUUGCAUUCUGAGCUCAAGGGCCUUGGCUUCUCUCCUCUCCACCAUGUCUCAUAACACUUACAAUAAAAUAUGGGCAGAUGCCCAGGAAUCCCUCAACAGUCUGCUGCAGAAGGAGAUUGAAGAAAAGUCCCAAAGGCCACUGAAAGAUCGCUUAGUAGUGUUUCAAAUGCUAGCUACUUUCUACAUCAAAUAUGUGCAAAUAUUUCGGAAUUUGGAGGCUGCUUAUGACCAGAUUGUUCACCCACAAAAACGCUUAAUUAUUCGGCAAAUGCUGGAUGGCGUAAUGGGCCGUAUCUUGGAACUGAAGAAUGAAAUGGUGGGCUUGGAUUACUCUGAAUAUCAUUACUUUGAUGACAUUUUACAGGAUCUUAAACUGUCUCCUGAAAACAUUGAAAUCCCCAUCCCAAGAUAUUUUAUUAAAGAGAAAGUAAAGGUGCUGAAAGAGAGAGAGAGAAUCCUUGCUCAGAUAAUGAUGGAUGCUGGAAUAUAUGAUGAUGAACCUCGAAAGCAAGUGAAAGUCAUGCCCUUUGAAGAAGCUGUUAGAGCCAUUCAAAUAGCUGAGCGAGCUCGGCAAGGCCGACUCAGGGCUACGUUCAUGAAGCAAAUCUAUCUUGAAGAAAAGAGAGAGAGGCUAGCCAGACUUCACGGCACAAAAGGUCCAGAUCUGGAAACAGCUGCAAUAUGUAUUCAAAAGUAUUGGCGUGGAUACUACCAGUGGAAGAAAACUCUGAAACUUAGAGAAGAAGAAAUGAUAUUUCUAGGAAUGACUCCAUCUCUUCAAUUUCAUAAGCCUAGCCCUUCAUUGCUGCGUGCCCAGAAAGUGGAUAGUUUAAGGUGUGAAAUUCAGGACAAGCAUGAAUCUGACUUCCAGGAAGCUCUAGUUACUAUUAAAGAGCGAGUUAAAGAAGUUGAAGGCCCUGACAUCAAAGAGAGUCUCCAGGACCAGAUCCGCCAGUGGUUCAUUGAAUGCCGGCAUGUUACAGGAAGGUUUCCUGACUAUCCUGAUGAACAACAAGGAGGUUCAGCUGCUCUUUUUUCUGAAAAAACUCCAGAAGAGGUUGCUGCUGAAUUAACUGCUAAGGAGGAAGAAGAAAAGAAGAGGAAAAGCAGAAGGAAGGGUAAAAAGGAAAAGAAAGAAAAGGGGAAAAAGAAAAAGAAAGGAAAAGGAAAAGAAGAGAAGAAACCGAAGAAGAAAGGGGAGGAAGAAGAAGAAGGAUGGAAAAUGUCCCCCAGUAAUUUUCUUCCAAUAAUGGAAGAUGGAAACAACAAAUACAAAGAUAUUUGGCAGAACAGAGACGAGGCUUGGAACUUCUCACAGGAGUAUGACCCAGAACUGAUCAAAGAAGAAAAGAGGAAAGAAGUAGAAGAAGAGAUCAGAGUGCAGGUUGAUGAACUAAUGCGUCAGGAAUUGAAGAAUCUGAAGUUAACUGUAGACAGAGAGACAGAGAAAAAGGGGAAAAAGGGGAAAAGGGGAAAGAAAAAGAAAAAAGGUAAAAAGGGUGGAAGGAAGAAAAAAGCUAAGAAGGAGAAAGAUCUGACUCCUGACAGGACCAUUGAUUCCCUUUACCAGGAGCUAGUAGAAGAAAGGAUAUUAAUAAAACCUAAGAAAGUGAAACUCAGCGAUUAUGUGGGUGAGUACAGCUAUCUGGGGACUACACUUCGACAGGUGAACGUAGAGCCAAUGCCCUCUCUCACAGAUGUUAAACAGCUCAUAGCGCUGUAUGGAAUAUUGCCCCUAGGUUCUCAAUCUGUACAUGAGAAAGCUCCUCUAGUGAAGACUUUGCUCUUGGCUGGACCAGUCGGAGUGGGGAAAAAGAUGCUUAUCCAUGCACUGUGCACUGAAACAGGAGCCAACCUUUUCAAUUUAUCUGCAUCUAAUAUUGCAGGGAAAUACCCUGGCAAGGCUGGGCUGCAGUUGAUGCUUCAUAUGGUUUUUAAGGUAGCUAAACAACUACAACCUUCAGUCAUAUGGAUUGGCGACACAGAGAAAACAUUCUACAAAAAGGUGCCUAAAGCAGAAAAAGAGAUACAACCUAAACGCCUGAAAAAGCAACUUGCCAAACGUUUGAAAACUUUAAAAAUGGAAGACAGAGUACUGAUCAUGGGAACUACUAAACGACCUUUUGACGCAGACCUCAGACCUUUAUGCAGAGUUUACAAGAAAAUAAUUCUGGUUCCAAGGCCAGACUAUGCCUCACGAUUUGUUCUAUGGAAAUACUUCAUUCAACAGAACAGUGGGGUUAUCUCCAAACAACUGAAUAUCAGUUGCCUGGCCCAGGUGUCCGAUGGUUAUACCCAAGGGCAGCUCCUCAAUGCGGUUCAAGCUGUCCUAACUGAACGACGCCUGAUGCAACUGAAUAAGAAGCCACUGGUUGCAGCUGAAUUCCUGGCCUGCUUAGCUAAGCAGAAUCCUGUAUAUAAAGAAGAAGAAGAAACAUUCAAGGCUUGGUAUGCAAAGACUCCUCUCGGAAAAGCACGGAUCAAGUCACUGACAGAGAGCGAAGAAUCUGCAAAGGGAAAAGGAAAAGGGAAAGACAAGGGGAAGGACAAAGAAAAGAAGAAGGAAGGCAAGAAGGGUACGAAAAAGAAGAAGAAGAAGAAAUAGUAGUAAUUGAAUGGAAAAUUCCUCUUAAUACUCAGACCAGUUAGAGAACCGUAGCUAUUUCUUGAAAAUGUUAAUCUUUGCUUAUUUUUCUGCCGCUUAUAUUUAUCAAUAUUUUGUGAAAAGUUACAUGCCAGGACAACAGUGUGGCAUUUGAUCCCUCCAGGGUGAACUAAAGGCCACUGAAUUUCAUUCUUAGUUGUUUUGAGAUAGUAAAUAAUAGUUUGUCAGUAGUUAUAAUUAAAUUAAUAGGAGUCUGCUUUAAACUCUAUUGUAUAUUGAGACAGUUACUUGUGAUCGUUUGUGGCAGGAGUGAGCAAUUUGUGAUCUUUCAGCUGUUGAAUUGCUGUUCCCAUCAUACCCUGCUUCCACCUAGGCUGACCAGUGAUGAUGGCAGUUGCAGUUCAGCAGCACAUUGCCUAUCCCUGACCUCUGGGCAUGAUGCUUCCCCAAAAGAAAUCCACAUAGCAAUCCAGCAAAUCUUCAACUCCUUUUUCUUGAUGAGCACAUUGGCAGCUCUCCAGAAAGGCCAGGAGUUCUCAUGUGCCAGUGUUGUUAAGCUGAAACACACACACAAUGAGAGCUGGAUAGAGAAAUAGAAAGCAUCCAUCGAUUCCCCAUCUCCAGUCAUUCAACACAUCCUAGAAGGAAGAUAUAGAAACUUUGGAACAUACAGAUCCCACAUGAGUGGGAUCUGUAUGUACCAUCUACUUAUGCCUUACCAAACUUUUUUCAGUUGUCGGAAUGAUACUUUUCAUUGUAUGUUUCAAUAUGAUUACGUUUCAGUUAAAAAAAAAAAAUACUAUUUAAUGUAUUAUACUUUCCAGUAAAGUGUUUGGAGCUCAAA